AUGCCUUCUGUAGCGGUUGAAUCUACCGACGCUAAGAGAAGAAAGAUUUCUUCCUCGACUCCUGUCAAGGCCAUUUCAUCAAGGGUCUUUUCUCCGUUCCGUACUAUCGGUCUUGUCACAGAUGGAACACCGCUUGCGAUAACAUCUCUUGGACAAUCAUUCCUAGUAACAACUGUAGUCGAUAAUUCCUUUCAAAUUUAUGAUGCUUCGAACCUCCACCUCCUGUUCGUGUCUCAACCAAGAACACCAAGUAAGAUAACUUGUAUCCACUCGCAUUUCCACUAUGUUUAUGCAUCUUGGGAACGAAGUGUUGGUAUCUACAAAAGAGGUAAUCUCCAAUCUACUAUCGUCCUACCAGAUGACCACGAUGCUAGCGAAAUUAAUAGCAUUCUUCUAUUUGGUGGGUACUUGUGUGUUUCGACUAGUGAGACCCUGUAUGUUUACAAAAGUGAUGUAAAGUCACCUGCAAAUGUCGAGUUCUACACCUCUUUCAGGGUUCCUAAAGUUCUUGGCCAAAUUAAGCACCUCUCACACCCUCCUACUUAUCUCAACAAAGUAGUUAUUGCAGCAAAGUCUUCAGUCUUGGUGUUCAACGUCAGAUCUGGAAAACUCCUCUAUACUUCUGAAGAUUUUGGUUCGUCUAUUACCGCUGUUGAACCUUCUCCAGUUUUAGAUAUCGUUGGUAUUUCUACUGCUGCUGGUGAUAUUCAUCUGUAUAACAUUCGCAGAGGCAAAAUUGUUUUUUCACUAGACAUAGGUGAGCAUGUUUCAUCUAUUUCUUUCCGUACUGAUGGCACACCACAUCUUGCUGUAGGUACCGCUUCUGGUCAUUUGUUCUUUUAUGAUUUGAAUGGGAAACGACGUAUACAUUCAGUUAGAGGUGCCCACAGUGAGGCUUCUGGUGGUGUCUCUAAGGUACAAUAUCUUAAUGGACAAUCGAUUGUUAUUACCAAUGGUGCAGACAAUAUUAUCCAAGAGCUUGUUUUCGAUCCUUCAAUAACAUCUUCGGUAGGAAGUGAACGAAGUAUAACCUCGCCACCACGUGUUCUGAGAUCUCGAGGUGGCCAUGCGAGACCACCCACAAGUAUUUCUUUUACUGAUGAAGAAGCCCAUUUUAUUCUCUCGGCAUCUCAAGAUAAAUCUUUGUGGAGCUUUUCUCUACGUAAAGACAGUCAAAGCCACGAAUUCUCCCAGAGAACAUCUGCCACUACCAAUGGUAAGCGAAAUGCUGGCCUCGCUGGUAGCGGACUGCGGGAGAAGUUUUCUGAAAUCACUGAUCUGGCCUACCAGGCAAAUAAACAAAAUAGGUGGGAUAAUAUCAUUACUGCCCAUAAAAACUUGGAUUAUGCUAGAACUUGGAGCGGUAGUAGGGGUAUAGUUGGAAAGUACAAUCUCCAUACUCUAGAUGGAGGCAUAGUAAAGAGUGUAGGAAUCUCACAAUGCGGCAACUUUGGGUUGAUAGGCUCAUCCCAGGGUAGUAUUGCUGUUUACAACCUUCAGAGUGGUACUCUGAGACGCAAAAUAGUGACAACUAGUCACAAAAAGGCUGUGACGGGUAUAGCAUCGGAUAGCUUCAACAAGGUGAUUAUCAGUUGCUCAUUAGAAGGUUUUGUAAUGUUUCAUGAUUUCCAUAAUGCCUCGCGAAUUGGCAAAAUAAACCUUGAGUCAUCUGCUCUUCAAAUGAGAUUUCAUUCCAGAUCCAACCUGUUGGCCGUCGCUCUUGAUAACCUUUCUGUUGUUGUUAUUGAUAUCCAAACACGACGUGUUAUCCGUGAACUAUGGGGUCAUACCAAUGCUAUUACUUCUUUCGACUUCACUCCUGAUGGACGUUGGAUUAUUUCGGCUUCGUUGGAUAGCUCAAUAAGGACUUGGGAUAUUCCGUCGGGUGGCUGCAUAGACGCUGUUAAGGUGAACAAUAUAGUAACAUGCUUGAAAGUAAGCCCCAAUGGCGAAUGGCUGGCCACUUCCCAUGUUCAAGGUGCUGGUGUUCAACUCUGGACCAUGAAGUCCCAGUUUCAGAAAAUUUCAACCCGUACGAUUUCUGAAGAUGAGGUUAAUGACAUAGUCAUGCCAAACUCUACUGGUGAAGGUGGAUCUAAUAUUAUAGAAGGCGCAUUUGAACUUGCCCAGGAUGAGACGGAUAUGGAUCAAUCUGAUUGGAACUCUCCAAAUACUUUGAGCGACAAGCUACAGACGUUGAGCUUAUUACCAAAAACUAAACUGAAUACCUUGGUACAUUUAGAUCUUAUAAAACUCAGAAAUAAGCCUAAAGAGGCUCCAAAGGUACCUGAAAAAUCGCCAUUUUUUCUGGGUGUUCCAGGUGUAGAGUCAGAAAGACAAGAAACCAGUGAGGGACCUUUCAAUCAACCAAAAAUGAAGAACACUAUUUCAUCUGAGUCCACAUUCACCCGUCUUCUAAGGAGUGGCGAUGUAGAAGGGUUUUUGACCCACCUCAAGGGCCUCUCUCCCUCUGCCACUGAUCUGGAGAUUCGCUCCCUCAACACAUUCCCUCCACUGAAUGAGUUUAUAUCUUUCAUUGAUGCGUUAACCUACCAGCUUCAGCAGAAGAGAGAUUAUGAACUAGUUCAGGCAUGGAUGACAAUGCUACUUAGAAUCCACGGGGACAUUAUUUUGGCCAAUCAGAAGGACAGUGACCUUAUUGCAUCUCUGUCGUCUUUUGAGACGGAACAAGACUCCGAAUCUGUAAGACUUGACAAGCUUACUAAAUACUGCUCGGGAGUCUUAAACUAUCUAAGAACUGCAUAG